CGCGGGUUGGUUAUCCUGCUCUGGCUUUUGCACACAAGUCGCAUUCGGCAAACGCAGAGUUCGGGCUUCGCAGACCGCACAACAGGCACAUCACAUUCUUUGCACAAAAAAGUGUGCGAUAACAUUAAGUUACCCUCCUAUUCGGAAUUUUUCCAGUUUAAUUCGAAAUUACUCUUAAAAUGUCGGCUCAAGUGGAUUGGGGAAAAUUAGCCCUCGAGCAGGCUGAUAAGGUGGGAACCAUGGGAAUAUCGGAUAAAGUACCUCUUCCUACUGACUCAGAAGAUGAUUCAAAAGAUGAAAUCCCUGUUGCUGAAAAAUCCUUGUUGCAGAAAAUUAUCAGAAAGGGACUUGUUGAAACAACAAAACCCUUAGAUAUUCAAAGAAAAAAUCCCAACUCGCCGUUGUACAGUGUAAAAACUUUUGAAGCUUUGCAUUUAAAACCGGAGCUAUUAAAAGGUGUGUAUGAUAUGGGAUUCAAUACACCAUCAAAGAUCCAAGAAACCGCAUUACCUACCUUAUUGGCUGAUCCACCACAAAAUAUGAUUGCCCAAUCUCAAUCUGGUACUGGAAAAACAGCAGCAUUUGUCUUGGCCAUGUUAAGUCGUGUAGAUGUGACAAAAAAUUAUCCACAAGUACUUUGCCUAUCUCCAACAUAUGAACUUGCUAUUCAAACAGGAGAAGUAGCUGCUAAAAUGUCAAAACACUGCCCGGAAAUAAAAAUUAAAUAUGCUGUGAGAGGAGAAGAUUUGCAAAGGGGAACAAAAUUAUCUGAUCACAUAAUCAUUGGAACCCCAGGAAAAGUUUUAGAUUGGGCUAUUAAAUUUAAAUUUUUUGACCUUAAAAAAAUAUCUGUUUUUGUACUUGAUGAAGCAGAUGUUAUGAUUGCCACACAAGGGCAUCAGGAUCAAUGUAUCAGAAUUCAUAAAUUGCUCCCUCAAAAUUGCCAAAUGAUGUUCUUCUCUGCAACUUAUGAAACAGAAGUUAUGGAAUUUGCUGAAAUCAUUGUUAGCAAUCCUAUUAUUAUAAAACUGCUGAAAGAAGAAGAAAGCUUAGAUAAUAUUAAACAAUACUAUGUUAAAUGUAAAGAUGGAGAUAUUGAUGAUAAAUAUCAAGCCAUAACAAAUAUUUAUGGCGUUAUUACCAUUGGUCAAGCUAUUAUCUUUUGUCAUACUCGAAAAACUGCAAAUUGGCUUGCAAAUAAAAUGCAAAAAGAUGGACACACUGUAGCAAUAUUGUCCGGUGAUCUUACUGUCAAUGACCGAAUAGUUGUUCUUGAUCGAUUUAGAGAAGGGCUUGAAAAAGUAUUAAUUACUACCAAUGUAUUAGCUAGAGGAAUUGACGUAGAACAAGUAACAAUUGUAGUUAAUUUUGAUUUACCCAUGGAUCAGAAUCGUAAAGCCGACUGCGAAACAUACCUGCAUCGAAUCGGUAGAACUGGCCGAUUCGGUAAAUCUGGAAUAGCAAUUAAUUUGAUCGACUCACCGCAUUCAAUGCAACUGUGUCGAGAAAUCGAGCGGCAUUUCAAGAAGAAGAUUCACUUCUUGAAUACCGAAGAUCCCGAUGAGAUUGAAAAAAUCGGUGCUUAAGCUCCUUUUGUUGAUAUAAGCACGUACAGAAGUUAUUACUUACUCAAGUAUAAGAUAAAUUUAAGCAUUAUUGUAUAGAAUAUGAUAAAAUUCUAAAAGUGACGAACAGAUGACUAAAAUAUAACUUUUCCAUAAAAACAAAUUAA